UUUGAAGUGAGAGGAAGAAGAAAAAAAAACAACAUUUGCGCGCGGGCUUUGGAGAUGACUGAGAGCGGAGAAAACAACGAUAAUGUGGGGUCCUUCACCUCGGAGUCCCUCAAGCUGUAUGAGGCGCAGUUCUUUGGGUUCACCCCACAGACCUGCAUGAUGAGGGUGAAUAGCGCCUUCCAGGACUGCUUGUACGAGAUGCUGGUGGUCGUGGAGUCUGUGUUCGUGCGGAAACUGUCCCAAGGGAAAGAUCCACCGGAGGAGCUUCAGCUCAAAACCCGAGAAUGCACCCAGAAACUGCUCCGCUUCCUGCAGGAGCGCUUUAGGAAGCUGUCGAGUCGCAUGGAAACUCUGCUGGUGAAUAGCGUGCUCUCGAUCCCUGAAAACGUCCUGCUGCCUGAAGACGAGCCCCACCGGAAGUAUCCACAAAGCCAGGAACAGCUUUUGAAGCUGGAAAGUUCGAUUGCCGACCUGCAGCGGUCUUACCAGGCAGAAGCGUGCGCCAAACAAGCACUCCUGGCUGAACUGGAGGAGCAAAGAGAGACUCAGGAACAGCUGGAGGAGGUGCUGAGAUGGAUUGAGGAGCUGCGGCUGUCUUGGAAGCGUGAAGGCAUGGGCAACGUCCAUGACAGUUUCCGGCAUAUGAUUGAGACUGUGAACCAGCUGCAGAGUGUUAUGGGGAAGAUCAGAAAGAAGAGCAAAUCACUAGAUGAAGUGUGAGAGUUCACUGUGAAGGGCUGUCAAAAUCAUGAAAUUUUAUCUAAUGAUAAAUCUACAUAUAAAUAGUUGCAAUUAACAGUGUAAUUGUAUGUGAAAUGGUUAUGAAUACACCGCCUGAUGUCCAAAACAUUGUUUUACAAUAGGUUUGUGGUACAGUUUUGGCUUAAAAUGUUUUUGCGUCCAUUUAUUUUAAUCCGUUCACAGUGGAGGGAUACAUGCAGGGCGUUGUAAGGCAAUAUAGUCAGCAAAAAACCCUUAUUUUUAGAUUUAUGACCACCAUCAUCAACGUUACAUAUAAAAAGUCAAAAGACACAUGUAGGUUCACUGGUGCUUUUGGAAAGUAAAUAGAAUGGCUGUAUUUGUGUUGUAGACAUAGUGACCCCUGGUUCCUAUCACCACCACUGUGAAGAAAUCUGAGUUUCUCUGCAGUGAACCGUUUCACAUCAAACUACUCUGGAUGAUUUGCAUUUCAAGGACUGAAUAAUUCAGAAAUUUUGAUCUGCUUCUUGUGCAACGACACUGUCCAUCCACAAGAGGGAGCCCUGGUGCCCAGUCUAUUUUUGCCACUUCUUCAGACAGGAAAUCGUACUUGGGAACGCAAUGAGCUGUCAGUGUCAAAGUAUUGCAUUUGUAAGCAAGGACGUUCCUCGCUGACAUCUGAAAUGCGGUCAAGCAAUAUUGCCCAAUCCGCCCCCCCAACAUUCAUUGGUUAUUCCGAGGCCAUGCUCGCUGUGGAAUCUGUUACUUUGAUGUUUGGUGCAAUGAGAUCUGCACCAGAUGAGAGUGAAUUUCCCACAGACCCAAACCUAUGGGCUUUCUUUUUUGUUCACAGUCAGAGGGCUCAAGGUCUGAAUAUGGGCCAGUUCUAUUUGACUAUUCUUUUCCCUGUAGCCUGAGGGAAAGCAUUUUGUAAUGCAACUGUAGAUACUUUUAUUGGAUGUGCUUGUUAACUGACGAUUUAGCUUUGGUAAAAUCACACUCCAAUUUUUAAAUUGUCAGUUUCAGUUAGGAAUGAAAGAUUAAUCAUUUUUUAUCGAAAUCGCAAAUUGAAACAGUAAAAUUUUUUUCAUCGUCUACUAUCAACAAUGAUGAUAUGUUGCAAGUUUUAAUUAAGGAAGUUUAACGUAACGUGGAGCUUGUGAACUGCUUUUAGAUGAAUUUGACUAAUUAAAAGCAACCACACAUCCAUGUGCUGUGACAUCACAGCCACAAAUAACUGGCAGGCUGGCACACUAUGUUAAACAUUCAAGCCUCAAGCCAGAAAAAGUAUGAUUUGAUUGGCCAAAAAAAGCCCAUACCUCAAUUUAUAGAAAACGUUCGCAAUUAAAUCGCAGUGUUGGUUUAGAGAAAUCGCAAGUAGAUAUUUUGCCAAAAUUGUUCAGCCCUGGUUUCAGUGACUGUUCUAAACUCAAUA